GGGCUUGGCGGGCCGGUAAUGGCGGCGGAGGGCGGUGAGGAGCCAGGCGGCGGGGGCGGCCUGGGCCUGGGCCUGGGCCUGGCCCUGGUGGAGGGUAGCGCAGGCCGCGCCGCCCGCGUCGGGGACCCCGGGGACCUGGUGGCCCUGGCCCGGCAGGUCCAGCAGGCAGAUGACUUCAUCCGAGCAAACGCCUGCAAUAAAUUGACCGUCAUUGCUGAGCAGAUCCGGUACUUGCAGGAGCAGGCUCGGAAGGUCUUGGAUGAAGCUAACAGAGAUGCUGAUCUGCACCAUGUGGCCUGCAACCUUGUGAAGAAGCCAGGAAACAUUUACUACAUGUACAGGCGGGAGAGUGGCCAGCGAUACUUCUCCAUCCUGUCUCCUAAGGAAUGGGGGACCAGUCCCCAUGAAUUUCUCGGUGCCUAUAAGCUCCAGCAUGACAUGUCCUGGACUCCGUUUGAAGACAUUGAGAGACGAGAUGCUGAAAUAAACAUCCUGGACAAGCUGCUGAGCCGGCAGGCAGCACUGCCCCCAUGUACAGAGCCCAACUUCCAGGGUCUGACCAAGUGACACAAGUGACCAUAUGGGACAUCUUGAGCAGAGUGCCUGUGUGAGGACACACAGUGCCUGCAUGCUGCCAAAGGCAGGGCAAGGAAAGAGACCAAGAAACAAAAAUGCUGAUGCUGCCAGUACUUGCUCUGUGCUUUAAUGAGACUAAUUCUGCAUUUGGUCUUACUGGAUUUUCUAGUAAUUGAGUAAUUUAUUCCUUUGACUUAUGCCAAGCUGUAGCAAGAGGCAGAUAAUAUCAGGUGGAGUCAAUUCCAAGAGAGCUUGGGGCAAAAAGCAAAAAUGCUUGGGGCAGAUGUGAUAAUGCUAUAAAAUACGUCCUACCUGUCUGGCUCUGGUGUACCUCACUGUGACUACCUGUGGCAGGUAAUGAUUUCAGGGCUGGAUUUUGCCCCUUGUUAAAAUGUACAUAUUUAGCUCUGUGGCCUGGGAAGAGCGGUCAAAACCCUGUGCAGAAGGGUCUGUUGUGACCAGAGUCUGUUGGUCUCUGUCCCAGCUGGUCCAAACACCUGAGUCUGGCCCACAAGGUGACCUGGAGCUCUUCUCUGGGAAGGGCGUCCUCAAAAGUGCCAUGCAGGCUACAAGUGCUCUUCAAAAGGUGGGUGUUUCACAGUCCUCGUGUUCCCCUUGGCUUCGAGUGGUUGCUCUGUGUUUUGAGUUUGUGUGGCAGGGUUUUUGGUAGCUUCAUGGUGCUUUAUUACUGGCUGGGCUUAAACCAUGACAACCUGUGAGGGUGAGACUGGAAUGUGCAGGGACACUGUGCCAGAGCAGUGGAGAAAAUAAAUCAGUCUUGAUCUCAGAUGUA